AGGCUAUGUGUACCACAUGAUAUGGAAGUUUGUGUCGAUUUAAGUAAUUUUCCGCAUAGUUUGCGGUAUAUUCAAUCAGCCAUUCUGUUCCGCGGCGAUUACAGAGACAUUUGUACAGAUGUAUUAAGAAAAAUUCCAACGCAAUCAGUGGCAAAGAAAAUAGAAGAGUGUGGCAUAUCAGCUGCUUUAUGUUUUGCCGUCAUUCAUAGUUAUCCCGAAGAUUCUGUUUGCAACUUUCGACAGCUCAAUAAAAAUGAAUUGGUGUUCACAGUGGAAACAGAAGGUCAAUUUAGCAAGGAUGUUAGACAUGGAAAAGCGGAAGAAAAUGUUCAUAAAGUAUUCAGGAAUGAACAAUUUCUAGCCGAGACUAAACUUAUAAAUGAUAUUCGAAAAAUAAAAAUUGAAUUUAAAGCUGCAUCAAAUAUCAGUGAGUCAAAACAAAGCAUGGAAACGCCUCUUCGUGAAAAUUUAAAGCCCAAAGAAGACACAUAUAACCAACAUCAUGCCCCACCAAAACACAAGACACCACCUAAACAUGAAACUCCACCAAAACAAAGUUAUAAAGCUCCACCACCUCUAUAUAAAGAAAGAAAUCCUAAAACAACCGACCUUUUUACAGAAACAACUGUAACUGAAACAAUAGGGUUGGAUUUGACCCCUGACAGAAUGUCAAGCUUCUUUAUCGAAGAAGAUGCAGAAAGAUUAUGGCAAGCAAAAAAUUACAAAGAAGCGUUUCCAGCCCUGCAGCAGUGUCUACCGGUUGCAACAAAACAUGAUAGACCAAUUUUGCAGCUUAAAAUUGCUCUUUGUAUGCAUGAACUAGAAAGAAGUGCUGAAAGCAAUAGACUGAUUUCGCAGGCUCUUCAAGAUGUGAAAGAUAACCCGCCCCCUCCCAGUCGCUGCACUACAAUUGCUGAAAUAUACCGAAAAGUAGGCGAACGCUACACAGAAAAAAAGUCCUACUCACGUGCACUUUGGAUAUUCACAAUCUCCGCAUCUUUGUUUGAGGCCAGUUCUGACUCAGAUAAUGGAGCAAUAGGCAUAGCAAACUGCAUCACCAACAUCAGAAUGCUGCAGGAUGGAAAAACGCACAGCUUUCAACUGACUCAAAUGAUCCUUUCAACGUUGCACAAGCUUGUUGAAUCACUUAAAAACUUGAGUUGUUCAAAUCACACCAAAGUAGAUAGUUUAGCCAGCUCGUACAGACAGCUUGCCUCUGCAUAUAGUUCGGAAAGUAAAGCUAAAGAAGCCGCAAGGUAUAACGAACAUGCAAUAGAUUUACUUUAUGAUAAAUUUGGGGACAGGGCAGAAGAGCAUUUCAACUACGGAGUUUGUACACAUAACUUGGCAGCUUGUAUAGGUGAUAUGGGGAGGCACGAAGAGGCCAAAAGAAUGUUUCACCUUGCCUUGGAAAGACAGCGUAAGGCAACAGAUUGGCCAGAUGAAGAAAGCAGACAGAAAUCAAUAAAACUCACACAAAGAGCUUUAAAUAAAUAAAACUUUCUGUUAAUUGCUUUUCAAACAUGUAACGGUAUCAUUUAUUUCUAUUACAAUGUCGUAAUUGUUUUAAAAUUUUUUUUUUACCAAUUUGUCUAUAUUGAUUUCUUUAUAUUAUGUACCAUUUUCAAAAUUAAGCUUUGUUACACUUUGAUUGUCAAUUUUGGUUUUCUUUGGACUAUAAAUGUUAUGUUAUUUUUAAUAUGUACUCAGUUAUAG